AUGAUACCAUUGGUUAAUACGACUGUUUCAUCAUCAUGGACGAAUGGUAAUCCGAUAUAUGCUCGUCCAGGUGAUUUCAAUUCAAACUACUAUUAUGAUACAUUCGAUCUGACAGUAUCGAUGGCUGGAACUUAUGCCGUUGGUAGUGACAGUACGAUUGAUACCUAUGGCUCUUUGUACAACGGCAGUUUUGUACCUGAUUAUCCACAGAUGAAUUUACUUAUACACAACGAUGACAGUGAAUCUAGCAGUAGACAGUUUCGGUUUCAAGUUUAUCUUGAGCCGCAUGUCAGAUAUAUUUUGGUUGCCACGACAUAUGGUACAUGGACCACUGGACCAUACAGUGUGGUCGUGUCCGGACCGCAAAGAAUCACUCUGAUUCGAACAACUAUCGUUGUAACGACACCGCUGGUUCCUAUAACCGACGACGGUUACAGAACUGACCCAACGAGUAAGUAAACAUCUAAUUAAGUUGACUACGUAAGUCUUCGACUAUUUCUGUUACUGUUUUCAAUGACUGAUUGCAAAGUAUUCUCAAGAUGACUUAGUUGGUAUAGUUACUCUGAGAAUAGUUAUUUCAUAGGAUGUUGCAUAGAAUUCUGAAUUUCUUAUUCGACGUUUGCUAAUGUUUAUCAGAAGUUGAAAUUGUUAAAGUUACUGUGCUAUUGAAUGAUGUAGUAAAAUAGAACUCCAUCUGCAGCAAUAUUUGCCUUUGAAAUAGAACAAAACAAUAAUUUUCGUCUCAAUAAUAGCGAAUGUAUUUGAUGAAGAGAAAACUUCCCUUAUUGAUAAAGUCAAUCUUUAAAUGCUGUUUUAAUAAACCACGACGAUCAGAUUUCGAUGGAAUUCUUUAAUACAAAAUCAAUACAAUGAUGAAGUUCAUAUUCUUUCCAUUGUGGCCGAGAUAAAUGUUUCUUCGGUUCGAUACAAAGGUGCAACAAUUUUGAUCUCGUUUAGUCGAGAUGAUUUUAUUUAACGAAAUGAUGGCUAUAAGAGUUCAAAACGAUAUAAACGCUAGGAAUUAUUCUAUAUUAUGUAUUGGCGGAUUUUUUAUCGGGGACGAGCAUAAAAGAAACUGAUAACAACCGCCGGAUUAGGAUGCGUACGCUUCUAAUGAGGUAUUUAGAGCUGAAAAAAAGUUGUGUCAUCAUUAAAUAAAAGUAUAAAGAUAAGGAGAUAUUUAUAUCACGAUAGUUGCUAUGGUUAUUUAUAGCAAGUUGAAUCCUCUCUAAUAAUUUAUUAACAUUUUUUUGAGCUCUUUUUCGAAAAAAACUUAGAUACCUUGGAAACUGCAUGAGCACAUGUUCAUUUAUUUAAUCAGUUCAACUUCGGCCGAUAGAAUUAUUUAACCAAAAAUUAUGUAGUACUAGGUCCGGCGAAUACGGCGGAUGUGACAUUCUAUUGAUGCCUUUUUCUCUCAAAUAAUUAAUAGUAUUGGAUAAAUAUGGAAUCAACGAUGACCGUUUAGCAAUUUUAUACAUUUUGAACCUGAUAUGUCUGUUUGCUUCCAGAUUUCAUUAACACAAGGC